CUCGCGCGCGCCUCCCGGAAGUGGCCGGCCCCGAGCGAGAGCGGGGUUGUCUGCGGUCCCUGGCUGUUCUGGGGAGUAGUCUCUGGGCAACAGGGCCCGGCGGGGAGAGAGCGUUCGGGCCGGGGCCAGGGCUGGGGCUGCACGUUGACGGGCACGGCGCAGAGCGAGACCUGGUGACGAUGGCGGGGCCGCAGCCCCUGGCGCUGCAGCUGGAACAAUUGUUGAACCCGCGCCCGCGCGAGGCGGAUCCUGAGGCCGACCCGGAGGAGGCCACUGCUGCCAGAGUGAUUGACAGGUUUGAUGAAGGGGAAGAUGGGGAAGGUGAUUUUCUGGCAGUGGGUAGCAUUAGAAAAUUGGCAUCAGCCUCCCUCUUGGACACAGACAAAAGGUAUUCUGGCAAGGCUACCUCUAGAAAAGCUUGGAAGGAAGACCCCUGGGAGCAGACACUGCCAGGUUCAUCUGACAAGGAAAUAAUAUCUGAUGAGGAUGAGUCUGGAGAUGGAGGUUCAGAGGGGCUGGGUCUGGAGGGAUCUGAUGAGGAUGCCACGAGUGCUGCUGAGGAAGAGGAGUGUGGUGAUGACAAGGACAGUAGUCUGGCCUGGAAGAAGAGGAUCAAAAGCUGCUCUGAGAGCACACCGGGUUUUAGUGUCCAGAGCAUCAGUGACUUUGAAAAAUUCACCAAGGGAAUGGAUGACCUUGGUAGCAGCGAGGAGGAGGAAGAUGAAGAGGAGGAGAGUGGUAUGGAAGAAGGGGACGGGGAGGAAGACUCCACAAAUGAGAGAGAGGAAGACAGGGCUGAAGGCAGGAAUAGUGAAGAUGACGGAGUAGUGAUGACCUUCUCCAGUGUCAGAGUUUCCGAGGAAGUGGAGAAAGGAAGAGCUGUGAAGAACCAGAUAGCUCUGUGGGACCAGCUCUUGGAAGGAAGGAUCAAGCUUCAAAAAGCUCUGUUGACUACCAAUCAGCUUCCUCAACCAGAUGUUUUCCCUAUUUUCAGGGACAAAGGUGGCCCAGAAUUUGCCAGCGCCCUAAAAAAUAGUCACAAGGCCCUUAAAGCAUUGUUGAGGUCAUUGGUAGAUCUUCAGGAAGAGUUACUUUUCCAGUACCCAGACACUAGAUAUCUAGUAGAUGGGAGAAAGGCCAAAGCAGAAAGUGAGGAAGAGAUUUCCAGUGAAGAUGAAGAGCUAGUAGAAGAGAAGAAGAAGCAGAGAAAGGCCCCACCAAAGAGGAAGCUAGAAAUGGAGGACUAUCCCAGCUUCAUGGCCAAGCGUUUUGCCGACUUCACAGUCUAUAGGAACCGCACACUUCAGAAAUGGCAUGAUAAAACCAAGCUGGCUUCUGGAAAACUGGGGAAGGGUUUUGGUGCCUUUGAACGCUCAAUCUUGACUCAGAUCGAUCAUAUUCUGAUGGACAAAGAAAGAUUACUUCGAAGGACACAGACCAAGCGCUCCAUCUACCGAGUUCUUGGCAAACCUGAACCAUCAGCGCAGCCUGUCCUGGAGAGUUUGCCAGGACAACCGGAGAUCCUUCCUCAAGCCCCUGCCAAUGCCCACCUGAAGGACUUGGAUGGAGAAAUCUUUGAUGACGAUGACUUUUACCACCAGCUCCUUCGAGAACUCAUAGAACGAAAGACCAGCUCCUUGGAUCCCAAUGAUCAAGUGGCCAUGGGAAGGCAGUGGCUUGCGAUCCAGAAAUUGCGAAGCAAAAUCCACAAGAAAGUAGAUAGGAAAGCCAGCAAAGGAAGGAAACUUCGGUUUCACGUCCUUAGCAAGCUACUAAGCUUCAUGGCACCUAUUGACCAAACUACAAUGAAUGAUGAUGCCAGGAAAAAAGGACAUUUUCCGUCAGAAAAUUAUAUCGAUAAUACGGAGAAGAAGUGGGAAGGUCUUGAUUGUUUCUGUAUUAAAGGCUGUAAAUGGAAGAUCUCUCCCUUAUGGUUUCUGCCCUAUGGACCAUGUGGAUAAAACUGGCUUUUUCAUCCCUGACUAGUACCCUCCACCCCCUUUUUUAAUCGUGGUAAAAUACACAUACAUUUUCUAGCCCUUUGAUUUCUCAUUCCCAGAGGCAGCUCCACCUGUGGUUCCCACCUUAGCCAAAUCUGGGGAGAGAAUCCCUUCUCUUUUCUUUGUUUCUUGGUUCCAGUUUAUUGUUCCACACAUAUGCCUGAAUUUCCCAAUGCUCGGGGGGUUUUUUGGAGGAGAAGCGAGGCAGAAUCUGAGUGUUGUUUACCCGUCCUUGGAUCCCCAAUUUGAGCUAAAAUCAUCCAGUUUGAGCUAAAAAAUAAUUUGCACUGGGUCAAAUUUGAAUUGAAACUGGAACGUAGUUCUCAUUAAGGGAGAGAAUAGAAGAGAUCUUUAACCCCGGCUGUUAAAAUAUCCU